UGUAAAUUUGCCAAAAUAAUUGGCUCUUUAACACGCAGCGUUUUGUAAGAUGUGAAUCAAAGCAGUGAAGCAGAGGAACAAACAAACGGAGAUGAGCAAUUCGGAAGAAGAUAAAGCAACACAACACCACCACGACGAACAAGCUGACAUGGCAGCAGCGAUGAAUGAAGUGGCAGCGAUGGCGCUCCGAUCAGUUCUUCAGAGAGUCCAGCAAGCAGCGGAGCGGUCUGGUCGCGGGUCCCAGCAAAUCAGAGUGGUGGCAGUUAGCAAGACUAAACCCGUGUCUAUCCUGCGCCAAGUCUACGACGCCGGUCAUCGGUGUUUUGGCGAAAACUAUGUUCAAGAGCUCAUUGAAAAAGCUCCUCAGCUUCCAGAAAACAUAGAUUGGCAUUUUAUUGGGAAUUUACAAAGUAACAAAGCCAAACCUUUACUUGCUGGUGUUCCAAACCUUGCUAUGGUAGAGAGUGUUGAUGAUGAAAAGAUUGCCAAUCAUCUUGAUCGUGCAGUUGGAAAUUUGGGAAGGAAACCUUUGAAGGUCCUGAUCCAAGUGAAUACCAGUGGUGAAGAAUCAAAAUACGGCGUUGAGCCUUCAGCGUGUGUGGAACUUGCAGAACAUGUUAAUAAGAGUUGCCCAAACCUCGAGUUUUGUGGCCUAAUGACAAUAGGGAUGCUUGACUAUUCAUCAACCCCAGAGAACUUCAAGACAUUAGCAAACUGCAGAACCGAGGUUUGCAAGGCCCUUGGUAUACCAGAAGAGCAAUGUGAACUCUCAAUGGGCAUGUCAAAUGACUUUGAGCAAGCUAUAGAAAUGGGGAGCACAAAUGUGAGAAUUGGAUCUACUAUAUUCGGGCCUAGAGAAUAUCCCAAAAAAAAUUGAAGAUGCUUGCUUCUUUUUCUCCGUCUUAUGCUUGGAAGUCCCGGGCAUCUUUCGUUCAUACUUGGCUAUAUGCUGAUAGUCAGAAAUCUCCUCAUGCCGACUCCACUAUAAAUUAAGCUCCGUAUCUUUCUGUUAUAAAGCGUAGCUGUAUUUCAUGUGUGGAACGUUGGGAUGUCUAGAGAGAAAUCAUUUUGUGCAGACUAAUGAAUAUAGGGCUAUACAUAUACUUCCAAUUCGAAAGUUUAUUUUAUUUGAUACUGAAACUCAACAUUUGGUUCCAAACUCAAGGUGUAUCAUUUUGAUUCUGAAAGGCAUUUGUUGCUUGGUUAUUGACUA